UUGACAAGCGAUCAAACAGGCACUUGUGUUCCAAACAGGCACCAAAAAGCCAUUAGUUUAUGUGAAAUCCGAUUUAUAAUAUAGUAAACAUGAGUGGAGAGACCCUGUGUGAAGCACCGAGACGCCAUAUCUCAAAAAUGAGAGUGCACGAUUAUUUGUAUGACUCUGCCUUCAUCGUAUCCGGAGCGAGGGACUAUGCUAGAACGGCUUUCAAAGCGGCCAUGGCUUCAGCGCAAAUUAAUCUCCAGCCAGUGUACAGCACCAUGUUCUCCGAAGUGCCAAAGUGUCCGAGGAUGCGCGUUGUGUACCAUCCAAACUGCCGUCUGCCAGAGCACGUGGACCGCUCGUAUGGGGCGUACGUGGAGCGCGUGAGGCACGCGCGCAACGUGCCCACGCCGCAGUUCACUGGGAAGGACCGCUUUAAAUUCAGCGCUGUACCCAAGAAACUGCUGGCGGUGCCGAGCGCGACCCCCGACUUCCAUCCCCCGACCCCUGUGUACAUACCGCCUGCUACAAACAAACCCAGGAGCAGAGGCACACAAAGCUUGUACAGGGAGUCGUCAGCUCAGACGACACCGUGGCAACCGGACGGGAAAGUAGCCGAGAACUGUACCACAACACCUGAGGUGCUGUAUCUGGAUAAAUUGGAAUGGGGACCUGACGCCCCCUACCGUACUGGUGACUUGCCCGCCGAUUUCCACACAACGGAAAUUAUAAACAAGUUACGCCACGCCCGCUCCUGGGGGCAGCUGGUGGAGCAAGGCCAGUACCCUCGCUGGAUGAAGAGGAGCGACGCCGUCAUCACUGACGUGGAAACCAAGGAUUGGAUAUUUAGAGAAGCGGAAAUAGAUGAACUUCAAGACAUACGCCUCGCGCUCCUGCACCAGUUACAACUACAACAAAGACAGACACAAAGCAAUAGAACUAGCAAGAAACUGGCGAAACUGUGGACAGAGAAGAAACAAGAGAUGGAGAGGAAGAUAGAGAAUAUUCGAAGAACUAGGGACAGAGAGUUACGCAAGCUAUCGGCGCGUGGCGGCGGCGGGCAGCGUAGUCAGGCACUGCGCACGCGCACGGUGCAGGCCGCCGCCGACCCCGCGUCGCCGCUGUACGCGCCGCUCGCGCGCCACGGCCGCCAGGCGCGCACCAGGCACGCUGACAUACACUACGACCCCGGCUUGCUGUCAUAUGAGGACCACCAGAAAGUGGCCGAGCCCCCCGAAUGGCUGCAGAGAUGUGGUCACGACCUGAAGCGCUCAUGCUCCGGACACCAUCUACGACGGGACGCCGCGCAGCUGUGCGAGAGGGAGACAAAAUGGAGCGAGCAGUUUUUGGAGAAUCUUCAUAAUGAUUUAAAGAAAGCUCGUCUGGGAGCGGCUACAACUACAGCCGGUCCACUACAUGUGAUGAAGUCGCGGCGGCCCGAGACCAGCCCGCGGCCCGCUACGCCCUCAGUGGAGCCGGUCGACGACUCAGACGAGGUGUGCCACCAGGCGGCACUGAUGCUGCAGAAGAUCGUCAGGGGCCGCGCCGUGCAGAAUCUGAUGUACGAGGGACGUGCCCGAGCGUCGGAGCUGACAGAAGAAUUGAAGACCACGCACGGUCUACAGAAGGAGGACCAGAUCAGAAUCGCGAGGGAGGAGACCAAAGCUAGGGAGUACAAUGCUCUGCGUACGGAAGCCGAGGACAAGGAGGCCGCCAUAUCGGCCCUCGUGGACGAGCUGUGCGGCGGUGCGGUGGCGGCCGCGCUCGACUUCCUCGAGAAGGAACUGAGGAGGUUGAAGGAGGAGAGGAGGCAGCACGCCUAUAUCCUUAUCGCAUUGCGUGAGAAAACGAUGCGGGAAGCGGCCGAGGCUGGCAGGAGACAGAAGGAAGAGCACAGGAGGCGAGAACACGACGAGAUGUUCAAACAGAUCCUAGGUGUGACCCAGGAGACAGUGGACGCGUACUUCCGCGAGAUAGUGUCAGAGGGUGUGCUGCUCGCGGCGGAGGAGGAGGCGGUGCGACGCGCGCGGGCCGACGCUGACAGGAUUGAUGAGGCGAUCACGGGGCACGGCUCCAUGUCUACUGCAGAACAGAACGAGCUGGUGGCGGAACUGGUCCAACAGUUCCUGCUGCCGGAAGCUCACAAAGCCGCAGCCCGGCACAGGAUAUCAGCUCUUCAAAAGGCCAAGAUGGAAGCCGCCAGAGGCAGCAUCUUCGGACUGCUUGACGAGGCUGAAGCGAAGGAACCUGUAUGCACCCAGUGCAGCGCCACCCUGGACGACCAAACCCGCUGUACGCGAUGCCCCAGCGAGCAGACGCCCACCGAGACUGAUUCAAGAGACGACCCGCGCUGGAAGCACACCAGGGCUCGGCCACGAUCAGAGCCGAAGAGUCUGGAGGAGAGAUAUCCAGCUUACCAUGAACUACGGUGCAUGCUGAACGUGCUCAUAGAUGAAGCCGUGCAAGAGUCUCGCACGAGGGACACGACAAGGAACGAGAUGUUACGCGACAUGGAGCGGCGCGCACGGGACGACACCGAAGCGUGUAUCGACGCCAAAGACAUUGUUGAAGCAGUGGUGGACCGUGCCGUGGGCUCGACCUCGCCAUCAGUUCGGGUGGCUGAUUACCACCACCUCAUGAUGCGAGUGAUCGGCGACGCACUGGACCGGACUGAACCCUUUGAAUACCACGGAUGCCCUAAAGAGCUGCCCUCGGAGAUAAGACGCCGUGCCGAGGAGGAGAGGACCAACCUCGGCGAGCCAACCUGCCACUGUGAAGAUGAAGAUGAACAAGCCACCGCAGUGAAGUUUGAUCUCGAUAUUCACCGAGACGAGGUAGCGGCGCUUCUGCCGUCAGAGCUGACGGUCCUGGAGGAAAUGAGAAGGUGCAAGUGUGAUACUAAGCCAGCACCGAGCGCCGCCGGCAAUAUACCAGGGGGCAGUGUCACGACGGAGUACAGUGAAAUGACGGAGCAAACGGUGGAGCAGACGUCGCCGGAUGACGAGUACGACUGAGCGUCAUACUCGGGAACGCCCGUUUCAACGAUGUUCAAAUUUUGACGUUAUAGCCUCCAUAUUAUUCUGUGAUUAAAGCUUUCCAUUGAAAUGUGUUUUUUUAUAUACAUAAUUUUGUAUACUUGUAUAGUAAGUAAUAGAGCCUCGAUAAUUCGAAUACCCAAAUUGUACCACGCUUUUCGAAUGUAUGGAGCAUUCGAAUUACAGUAUGUAAAUACCAGAGGGAGACUUUGCACAAAAGUCGAUUGCUUGGCCACCUCUGUCCCAUUCGUGUUUCCACCGUGAAGCAGUUGUGUUUGCAUGGCUGUGUUUCGAUUUGAAGGGUCGGAUAUGGCGUGAAUUUACUGGGUACGGAGGAAUAACACCCGAGUCCUCGGGAAUGGCAACGCAUGGGGGAUGUCAUGGGCGAGACAGCUCAUGUCUAUAGGCGACGGUUACCACUUUCCACCAGGUGGGCCGUCAGCUUGUUUGCCAUUCUAAGUUGUAUUAAAAAAAAAGGUAUGUUAAAAGAUAUUUUUAGUAAUACAGCAAUGCACAGGCGCUGGGCCACAGCGUGACCAGACAAGAGACGAGAGUCUUUGAAGAACUAAUUUAUUAACUAAAUAACAAUUCUACAUGAUUAACAACACUGAAUUGUAUGAUUUAGGGAGGAGAGGUCGUUUGAAUUAUAGAGGCGUUUGGAUAAACGGGGGUUCGAAAUAUCGAGGCCCUAUUGUACUUAUUUGUAUGUUUAUUGCUAUAUAUUAAAAUUUGUAAAA